GCUAAUGAUGUAUUGAUUUGAACAGAUAUAUAUACAACGACAUUAUAAAUUCUAACCAAGUUCUGGGAGGGUUUGGCGAACAUUAGUGCGGAAUUAACCUUGUAUUUAUUCUCUCAGAUUUCAUGUUUUCAACAAAAGCUUCCAUUCCUGCUCCAUUUCUAAGUUUAAAAAUGCUCAUCGACUAUUUAUAGAGAAGCAUUCCCCUUCUCUUCCAUGCGCAAUUCACCCCGCCCGACUCCCCCGGGUCCCGAGCUUCCCACCCCAGGUAGAAAUUGACGUCAGAGCGGUUCGUAAUUUGACGUGUAAACAUCCCUUUCCCUUCCACGACUCUCUCAUUGGUGGCUCUCCAUGCGCGUUCAAUUACUCGCUCACGCUGCAUUAGAAUUAACAGGAGAACAUAGCGUUUAUCAAGGAAGCUGAACUGAUAUUUCUUGUGUUUUCUUGUACAUAUUUUGUAUUUAUUUAUUAACUUAUUUCUAUUUAACUGUUUUGUAUCCAUCGUGAUCAUCCAAGUCAAUUUUUUGUAAGUGGUUGUAAUUGACUGGAAAUGGAAGAAAGAUGUCGUCCAAUGUUGCUGUGCGGUGUUCUUGCUCUGUUCUGUGCGCUGGUGUCCUCAGCUGUGGACAGACAGUAUCUGAACGAAUGGGCGGUGGAGAUUCCAGGGGGACUCGACAAUGCCCGAUCCAUCGCCGACGAUCUCGGCUACAAUUUAGUCCGACAGAUUGGGGCACUGGAAAACCAUUAUUUAUUCAAGCGGCACAGUCACCCUAGCAGGACCAAAAGAAGUGCGGCUCAUAUCACCAAACGUCUGUCAGAAGAUGACAGGGUGUCUUGGGCUGAACAGCAGUAUGAGAAACGGAGGGCCAAACGCGCCCCACUGGGGGCCGAAUGUAAGGACUGCUCUGUAGACAAACUCUUCGAUGACCCUAUGUGGAACCUACAGUGGUAUCUGCAAGACACCCGGACGUCAUCAUCCCUCCCCAAACUGGACCUACACGUGAUCCCGGUCUGGAAGAAGGGCAUUACGGGCAAAGGAGUGGUCAUCACCGUGCUGGAUGACGGUCUGGAGUGGAACCACACCGACAUUUACCCUAACUAUGAUCCUGCUGCUAGCUAUGAUUUUAAUGACAACGAUCCCGAUCCCUUUCCCAGAUACGACUCCACCAAUGAAAACAAGCAUGGUACCAGAUGUGCUGGAGAGAUUGCCAUGCAAGCAGACAACAACAAAUGUGGCGUUGGAGUGGCCUACAACUCAAAAGUGGGAGGGAUUCGAAUGCUGGAUGGAAUCGUGACAGAUGCCAUUGAAGCCAGUUCUAUUGGCUUUAACCCUGAUCACGUUGACAUCUACAGUGCUAGCUGGGGCCCUAACGAUGACGGAAAAACAGUGGAGGGACCUGGGCGUCUGGCCCAGAAAGCUUUUGAGUACGGCAUCCAGAAGGGUCGUGGUGGGAAGGGCUCCAUUUUCAUCUGGGCAUCUGGUAACGGUGGUCGUCAAGGUGACAACUGCGAUUGUGAUGGAUACACAGACAGUCUGUACACCAUCUCCAUCAGCAGCGCAUCCCAGCAGGGUUUGUCUCCCUGGUACGCUGAGAAAUGCUCCUCUACGCUGGCUACAGCCUACAGCAGCGGAGACUACACCGACCAGAGGAUAACUAGUGCAGAUUUGCACAAUGAAUGCACAGAGACACACACUGGCACAUCUGCGUCUGCCCCAUUGGCUGCUGGGAUAUUUGCUCUGGCUUUGGAGCAAAAUCCUGAUCUGACCUGGCGAGACCUUCAGCACUUGGUGGUAUGGACGUCUGAGUUUGAUCCCCUGGCUAAUAACCCAGGUUGGAAAAGGAAUGGAGCUGGAUUGAUGGUCAACAGUCGAUUUGGGUUUGGUCUCCUGAACGCCAAAGCCCUAGUAGACUUGGCCGAUCCCAAAAUCUGGAAGCACGUUCCCGAGAAGAAACAGUGUAUUGUCAGAGAUGAGACAUUCCAAUCAAGACCAUUGAAAGCUGCAGGUGAGAUAUCCAUUGAGAUCCCCACUAAGGCCUGUGCAGGACAGGUGAAUUCUAUUGUAUCUUUGGAGCAUGUGCAGGUGGAGGUCAGCAUUGAGUACACACGGAGAGGAGACCUACACAUCACACUUACGUCUCCAUCAGGUACUACCACAGUCCUGCUGGCAGAGAGAGAGAGGGAUACGUCAGCCAACGGUUUCCGAAACUGGGCCUUCAUGUCCGUGCACACCUGGGGAGAAAACCCCACUGGCACUUGGACCCUGAAGAUUACAGAUAUGUCUGGACGGAUAGAGAAUGAGGGUCAGAUUAUCAACUGGAAGUUGAUUUUGCACGGGACGUCUGAGAAGCCAGAUCACAUGAAGGCGGCAAGGGUUUACAUGCCCUACAAUGCCGUACAAAAUGAUCGUAGAGGAGUGGAACCGAUGGAAGACAUGAUCAAGGAAGCUCCGACUCCAGCUCAGAAACCUGAAGUUUCAAGUCCAGUGGUCCCAGACUCACUCCCAUCUGCUGCUUCCAUCAGUGUCCCUGAAGAAAAUCCAGAAGCCCCAGGCUCCUCCACUGCCAAUCUGGCCCUGCUGAGUCUCCUCCAGUCAGCCUUCAACAGGCAAACCCCAGUGGUUCCUCCGCACACUCUGGUGGUUCCUCCCAAGACCUUUCAGCCCGAGAAGAUCCCCCCGCAGAAGCUUUACCAGGCCCUCGAUCGGCUAAACCACUACAGGGGCUCCGAGAACGGCUUAUUCGGUGACUACAGUGACAACUUCUAUAGAGCCCAACCGUACAGGCACAGAGAUGACCGGCUGCUGCAGGCGCUGUUUGACAUGCUUGGAGACGACCAGCAGUGAGACAGGAAGAGUAGGUAAAAGAAGUGGAAAAGACUAGCUUA